AAAGGUGGCAGAAUUAUCUAUCCAGUGCAGUGCGGCUCUUCGGGAAUACAGCCUGUUUGUCUAGCACGGUAGUGUUUGUGGACCGAUCGUAGCAACCCGUGGCAGGUCUGCGGUACGUUUCGCACGCGUUUACUUAAAGAGCGACAGGGAGCAGCGUACGGGCAGGAUCUAAAAAUAAUACUGCGCCAGUGAAUUAGUCCACACGACACGAAGAAAAAACAAACCGCCAGCGAGGAAAGAACAUUGUAUGGGUUUUGCUUGAUCACGAUCGUGUGCGUGCUGCGUGCGAGCUGCUUGUGACUUUUGCACCAACACGCUGCAAUGUAAACGCAUGUUGCGGACCGUUUUUGUGUCGUUGUCGGUGAAGAAGAAAAUUCGAAAUAAGUUUUUUUUUCCUCUCGCGUGUCACCUUUACUGGAAGAGUGUGUGUGUGUGUGAGUGUGCGUUUAUGUGCAUUUUGUUGCAUCGGACUCGGGACGAAGCGGUUGCAAUCGCUGUUGGCCAAUGUGGAACGCAGUUGCAGUGUGAUCGUGUAUGAGUGAACGUAGUGUGAAAACAUUCCCAGGCACACACCACAUGGUGCGGAAUGGCGUAAGAGUGUUUUUUCCGACGUUUGUUUGCGAAAAGCAUUCUCGUGAUCACCGUUCGCUCAAGUGUGUUCUAGCACGCUCCCAUUAGAUAAGGGCCAUUAUUCGGUGCUUACCGUUCCGUGCAGCCGGUAAGGAAAGGUUCUAAGCAAAUCUAGGGCUUAACAGUUAGUGUUCGCACAUGCGUGCGGAUUGGCAGCGAAAGUGCGAUCGUAGAGCGAUCAGUUUAAAGCCAAACCCUUUCGGGAAGGCGAGUGUGUGUGAUGCAACAAGUGGGCGGCAUGUUGAAUUUUCCCCUUUUGGUGAAGUGAAUGGUUUUGUAACGCUCCUAAUGCCACUUUUCUCCGAGUGCUUCCAGCAGUCAAUCAUCGUAUCGUUUUUCUUCUUGUAGUGCUUGAUGCAAUAGUUUCACGGAAUGGAAGCAAUCAAAUGGGUAGCGAGCUGUUGUGAAAGUGUGUGAAAGUAUCAGAAAAAGUUGGCAUUAUAGUAACCACAAAGAAAAAGUGUAUCAACAUCGCAGUGUAUUAAACUAUAGCAAAAACCCCGAAGUGUUUUGUGUAAAAUGGUAACAAUCGUAUGGAGAAAGCGUUCUACCAUUCUGAGUGUUGUGCGAGAAAUAUGUCAGUGUUUCAGUUAGGAAAAAUCUUCAGCAUUAUAAGAAAAGAUUUAUAGCAGCAGAAAUCAGUUACGCCGUCGUUCGAACGACUCCUACAGCCACAACAUACGGAUCUAAACGAAAGUCAUCAAAAUGUCGUAUCGAAGUUACAAUUAUCCUUGGUCAACGUCGAGCUACAAUGCAAGCUCAUCAUCGUAUUCUACAUCGUCUAGUCUGCCCAGCUCCUAUCGGAGCUCAAGAUUCUCGACCGAACCUUCAACGACGUCCCGGUUCGGUUCGUUGAGUUCCACGAGCAGCUACCGUCCAUCCUUUACUUCCGGGAGCUACCGAUCACCACGAUCAACGACGACCACGGCAACGUCGUCUACAGCUCCAAGCUCAACCGUUUCCUCGUUCAUCAGUCGGUACUCUAGCUUGGCGGCCGACAAAGAAAAGGAACGGGAAAGAGAUAAAGCAAAGGAAGAGGAGCGACGGAAGGAGCGUGAAUUGCGGGAGAGAGAACGCGAAAAGGAACGUGACCGCGAGAAGGAACGUUUAAUCGAAACAUCGAAGAAACUCGAAGCAGAAUUAAAGGAAAGUAAACCGGCACCGUUAAAAAAGUCCUCCCUAAUUGCGGCAAAGUAUGGUUCCAGUAAGGAUGUAGCAGCUAAUGACGAUUCAUCCACAAAGAGUGGAACAGCUGGUAAGCUUCAAUCCACGAAAGAGACUGUAGUAAAACCGAAGAAAGAUAAUGCACCACCGGUAACGUUCACCACACGAUAUGGACGGGCUGGAGUUGCGCGAGAACAGUCCCGUGAGCCGAGUCCAGCGACGAGAACAAACUCCUCAACCACCAUCACGCCGCGUAGCAGGCAUCGUGAACCAAGUCCCGCUCCAACGGCUGUUACCGAAAGAGCCCGUUCGCGUGAUCCAAGUCCUGCCGUGGAAACUAAGCGUACCGGUGGGUAUGCGCUAGCAAUAGCGAGUAAGCUGUCCGGUACGAAGCUACCGCAACAGAAUGCUCCCAACGAAUAUAGGCGACAGUCGAGCGGUACUGCGUUUGGGCAGGGCAGGGCAAGAUCCCGCGAUCCAAGCCCUACGGUUCGUACGAGAACAUCACGCGAACCUAGCCCUAUGGAGCAAAGGCGCAUACAGUUAGCUAACAAAAUGAUCGCUACAGCAGCUCGGUCUCGUGAUCCAAGUCCGGCACCAGUUCAGCAGUUGAAACAGACAGUUGGGUCGAACAAGACAAACAGCGGUACGGAUCAAAAACAGAGGUUUACGAGCUCCAUCACAAUCAAAACUGGACCAGGUGCACGGUCGCGCGAUCCUAGCCCAGCUGAAGCGAGAAAGAUCCCAACGUUCGGUAGUGCGAGUAAAGUACGAUCGCGAGAUCCUAGUCCAGCGGAAACGAAACGUACCGCAACAUCUUUGAGUGGACGUGCGUCUCGCACAGGGAACGAUUCUGGGCUAGUAAAACCAUCAACAUUUGGCAGUGCAAGAAAAACGCGUGAUCCAAGUCCCAGUAUCAGCAAUAAAGUACGUAGCCGGGAUCCAAGUCCUGCGAUGGUUCCACGCCGAACUUCCCGUGAACCAAGCCCUGCCGAAUCCGUACGAGAAAAGUAUGGACUUGGAGGUUCGGGAGCUUAUCGACCGUACGGUCGUUCGAAUAGCGGCCUCGGAGCUGGUAAUCGAUUUGGUGCCAGUGCAAGCCCUGUUCCGAAGAGUCCAAUUGCAGAUCUAGCACUGUCGUACAUGACGUCCAGUGAGGCUAUAGCAGCACGAACGAGUCGCCCAUCCUCAAGGCUACGGCUUAACUCACAGUCGCGUGAACCAUCGCAAUGCUCAUCACCGCUGACGGCGAGUCAAAUCUUUUCCCCAGAACCACGAACAGUGCCGAACGAAGAUCAACAGCGCGAGGGAUCUACAUCGUCGGAAACCACUACCACUAGUUCAUCGUCGGAAGAAUCGUCCGAAGAAACGGAAAGUAGCGUUGAACCAGAGCCAAAGAUAUUUAUCGAAAUAACGCUUGUAACGCGUGGUACGUCACCAACGCCACCGGGUGCCACACCACUAAUAAGAGCGCGCCGGGCAGAAAUGUGUAAGACCAUUGAAAAGACUAUUCAGAAGCAACUGCUACCAGUUGAAACGGCUGACAAACAGGUACAGUCAGAUCGGAUGGAUGAUUCGACCAAAUAUUUACGCUACGGGCAACCUUCUGCACGUAGCUGGUCACCGUUUUUAGACCAAAAGUAUGGAUCAUCUUCACCGACACUUGGAUACACACGUUACUCAAGUGCAUCUUCGCGCUAUAGUCGUGAUAGCCCAAGUUUUAGCCGUGAAACAAGCGUAAGUUCCUCGAAGAGUGAUGCACCGGAGAAACGAGAACUAUCAGCGCUAGCUGCCAGAGUGAAGGAACUUAGUCUGUCCAAGUCCAACAGUCCCAAAUCUACCGGAAGUCGGUCGUCGACGGUUAGCUCUCCGGGUGGUAAGCAGAAGACGCCACCCAAACAGAAAUCACCAGAAAAGCCUCCACCAGCACCGACAAAGGACAGUCCAUCGCCGGUACGAUCUGUCGCGAAUAAAGACUUCCGCAAGUCGGCACUAAACAUGGGUCCGGCCCCUGAACGACCUCGCAAAUCUUCCUCCUCCUCGAGCAAGUCGUCCAGUUCGUCGGCAUCGACUGCAACGCCGGUCGCUGAAACGAACGGAUCGUCAAGUCGCAUUCCACACGUACGGCAACAGAACGGCACCAAGGUGACGAAACGUUCUGAUCGAUCCGCAUCUUCCAGCUCGGAAGACACAAGCAGUGCCAGUGGUUCAUCCGGUACCGAUACCGAUCGUGAGCAGUCGAUCACGCGUACGGCACCAAACGAACAGGAUGAUCUCAGCACCGCAACGGAUGCAUCGAACGCCAACAAUGAGUUACUUUUACGUGCGAUCCAGUUGGCAACGAACUUUGUGAACAAUCAAAACCGUAAUGCGACCAGUUGGUACGAUAAUGCUAGUACGACGAGCAUGUCGGAAAGUCUGACAGCGGAUCCGAACGGGAAGUCUGGUUGGGAGGCGGGAACACAUUACAUGGAAAGCAUUAAGGAUGAUUCCAGCAAUGAGGAGGAUGAAGAUGAAGAAGUGGAUGAGCAAGGACAGCAAAAGGAAGGUGAUGAGGAUGGGCAGAAACCAACCUCAGAAUACCAGCAAGCAAUGUGGUGGAGGCGUUCGGGUAACUUUGAACAGACGGCUACGGUGCAAGAAUCUGUGCCGAGUGCUCGUAGCUUCAGUUAUCGCAUCAGGCGCGUUGAAUCGGGUGAAAAACCUUGGUGGUUAUCAGAUGAAGGAAACAAACCGGUAUCCGUUGUGGAACCGGACUCGACGGAACUGUCCAGUACUGCUGGACAGGAUAUGGAUGGUGGGGUAGAUACCGUGAACGAUGAUGAUGGUCGUACUACGGCAACGAGCAUAUUCGAGAGUCAAGCGUUGAGUCCGUUCCGACCGAUUCGGGUAACGCGCAUUGAGUCCGGUGAACGGGCAUGGUGGAUGAAGAGCACGGAGAAUGUGGCGGCAAAGUCAUCGGGUGAACGAAGCAAGCAGCCUAGCAAGGAACAAACUCCCGACUCCGCAGGUAAGAAGAGUCCUGGCUAUACGGUGUUUAAGCUCGAAGCGGAAGAUGAGGCAUGGUGGGAACAGGCCAUGGCGGAUCUUUCGCGCAAGGAUCAAACCUCGGGCAGCAGCCCGAGCAGCUCAUCGGUCAGUCGAGAACCUUCGAAGGAACCUACUCCGGAACCACGAAGUCAAGGGAUUACUCUUACUCGCGUCGUAUCGGGUGAGAAAGCUUGGUGGUUGUACAGUUCCGAGAAAGUGAACGAACUGGGUCAGAAUGCAGCUGGGGAUAACGCUACCGACAACGGUAGUGACUCGAUACGUGAGUGUAGUCCGGUAAAAGCGAAACCAUUCAAGAUUACACGGAUCGAGUCCGGUGAGCAACCCUGGUGGAUGUUGGAAACUUCCGAUGGACCAGUUUCACGCUCCGAAUCGAAAUCGAACGUUGUGAGCAGAUCGAACAGCUUCAACUCUAAGUCAAGUGGCAAGCAAACCAGCCCAACAAAGUAUCGUAUAACGCGCAUCGAGUCCGGUGAACGAGCAUGGUGGAUGACUGGGGACAGUCCGGACGAGAGUGCCGGCAGUCCGCGCAAGCUGUCCUCCUUCGUCGAGCAGCACGGCGAAGAGGAAGCCGAUCUACAGAAUGCUGACAUCGAGGCACAGGUGGAACAGGAGCUGGAAAACAUCACAAACUUUGUGGCCGGUUUGCCAAAAUUCCCCACGGGUGAAUACACGAUCGAGCCAAUUACAAGCGAAACGCCUCCGCUCGGCGAUCGUGCCAGUCCGGAAGGUGAGGCAGGUGGUCGGGCUUCACCGUACGAUAACAUUCCCUCGACGAUGUCCGUUUCACUGCAGGCGAGCAGUCAAGCUGGUGUGAACGCGUCGGUAGAAAGUGGUACGAAUGUUGCUACGGACGUUGGUAGUUUUAGCACGCGGAAAGACGCCCAAUCGCCGGUGUUCAUUUCUCGGCACACCAACAUUGACGAUCUGCUGGGUGGAUCAUGCCAUCCGCUCAGUCCAAUGAUGGAUCGGAUGUUUAUUAUGGAUGGACUGCAGGAGAUUACACCGAAGGACGUCCGGGUGCAUGACAGUACGCCGCAGUUCAUCGAUUACGCAGCACAACAGAGGCAACGUAAAGCGAGCACGCUGGACGAUGCGGCCCUGCAAGUGUACAAAGACGGAGACUAUGGAGCGUACCUCGAUCUGGAAUCGUCGCUGGCCGAACAAUCGGAAGAUAUUGAAGGUCUUAACUCGAACCGCAAAAACUCACUGGUCGUCCGUACGCAGCUCAGUGUGCGAGUUCACUCCAUUAUCGAAAAACUACUUUCCUCCGAAGGUCGCGAACUGCGACGGGUACUGUUUUCGUUGAAGCAAAUCUUCCAGGAAGACAAAGACCUGGUGCAUGGAUUUGUGGCACACGGAGGGCUGAACUGUUUGGUGCAGAUUGGUAGCGAAGCGGACCAGAACUAUCAGAACUACAUACUGCGUGCCCUCGGUCAGGUGAUGCUGUACGUGGACGGUAUGAACGGUGUGAUGAAACAUUCGCCGACGAUCCAGUGGCUGUACUCGCUGAUCGCUUCCCGCUACCGGUUGGUGGUGAAGACCGCACUCAAGCUGCUGCUGGUGUUUGUUGAGUACUGCGAGGGUAACUGUUACCUGCUCGUUAGCGCCAUCCGGUUCAUGGAUACGGCCCGUGCAGUGGUUCCGUGGAGCAACAUCAUGCGGCUACUCAAAGAUUACGAGAAUGCCGACACCGAACUGUUGAUCUACGCUACAUCACUGAUAAACAAAACCCUGUCGGGGCUAAGCGAUCAGGACAGUUUCUACGACGAGAGUGAUUUCCUCGAGCAGCAAGGCAUGGAGGGUAUCAUCCAGCGGUACAUGUCCCGUCCCGGCACGGAUCUCGAUCUGCUUGAUCAGCUGCAACUGUACGAAAGUGUGCUGCGCUUCGAGGACGGUGAGUGCGAUGGUAUACGCAUACCGGACAAUACCGUCCGCAAGACGCUUCGGUACCGUUCCACCGGUAACGAUACGACCGAUCGACGGAAAUCGCGUCGACACAGCACGGGUACUGCUCCACCUCAACCACCUUCAAUGGCACCACCUCCGCCACCACCUCCACCACCGCCUCCUCCCUUGCCGGCCUUCCCUAUGUAUUCGGCACCACCCAGUGGUCCGCCACCUCCACCACCGCCACCCUUACCUUCCCCGAUAGCACCGGUUCAACUGUACGGUGGAUUGCAACUGCCCGGACAACGGCAACAGGACGAAGACAGUUCCAGCUCAGCACACAGUGGAGACCAUCUACCGGGGACCGGCUAUCACGAUCCAUCUCGUGACACUACCGGCGUGACGCCCGGUUUGCGUCGACGUCGGGAACGGGCCGAGCGGCAGAAGAAUUUAAUACGCGAACAGCAAGAGCUGGGUCAGUUCCAGAACGGGUGCAUUCCUACUGUCGAAGAUGAAAACAAUGUCAACAAUGGAUACACGGCGGUACACUGGAAUGGUGCCCCUUACCGCAGAUCUAGCGGACACUCCAAUGGUAUUGGAACACCCGCGAACUCCUCGCUGCUAACACCGCCCACCAUACACGAAGAUGACAAACUUACGUUACGGCUGAACGGUGGUUUAACCUCGUCUGUGAUUUUACACAAGCAACAACACUCUAAUCAUACGGAGCACACGAACGGUAUCGCUCAGACUAAUGGCAACGGUACGAGCAAUGGGACGUCCCCGCUGGAUAGUGUGGAGUACCGCAAUAGCCGCAACCUGUUGCUCAACAAACAUGGCAGCGGUGGUACUAAUGGGACGGCAACCGACCGUUACAAGGUAGAUCUCAAUGGUAAUAGCGUAAGAAGUGUGCGCGGCCUGCUGGCGGAACAGGACGAUGAGAACAAAAGUCCCAACAUAAAGACCCAGAUGAGUCACUCGCUGUGUGCGUACGGUAAGCAGCUAACAAACGGUAAGGAUUCCUCAGACACGAGCUACCAUCGCCGAUCCGGUACGAAUGUGGGAUACGAACGGACGAACGGUACCCUGAAUGGAAACCAUAUGGACGUCAAAAGCCAAGAUCUCCCACCGGUUCAAGCAGAAUCGGACAACGAAGAUAAGAAACUGAUCCUCCAGCUAAAGAAGGACCAUACGGUUAAAGAUCUGACACAGAAGCUCAGCUGCUUGCCGCUGAGUCCGCAGGAAGAGAAACCUCAGAACCGUAUCGGUGACAUGUCCGGACUGAUUUCCAAAGCCAAGGAAGGUUUGGCGAAGAGCAAAAGCAACAAGGACAUCUCGAGAUCACCGAGCGUGGACAAUGACAUCAAAAAGCUGGCCAACGGUGAUGCGAAGAAAUCCGAAAACGAGCUACACUGGGAAGAGAUCCUGAAGAAUAUGACGCGCAAGCUUAGCCUGUGCGAUCUGGACUUUACCGAUCUUACGUCCGACGAUGAUAAGGAUCUGCUGGCACCGCGUGGUUUUGGUGGUGCGGUACCACCACCGCCACCACCGGGCGGUAUGCUGAUGAAUGGUGGUAUGCCACCACCGCCGAGUAUGAUGCGUCCGCCACCAACCAACCUAGUGCCACUGCCCGGUCACAUGAUGAACGGUAUGCCGCAGCUCAACAGCUUGGACGGGUCGGCGACUAUUAAGAAAAACAAAAAGACUGUGAAACUAUUCUGGAAGGAGGUACGUGAUGAUAUGGUACCAGCGCUUAUACAACGCACCAUCUGGGAUGAGCUGCCGGAAGCGAUAGUCGAUACGCAGAAGCUGGAGCAUCUGUUCGAAUCCCGCGCCAAAGAUUUGAUGACAAAGAAGCAACAGGAGCUGAACAAAAACAAGGAAAUCAUCGUCCUGGACCAUAAGCGCUCGAACGCGAUCAACAUCGCCAUGACGAAGCUGCCUCCCCCGAGAGCCAUUAAAGCGGCCAUUCUGAAGAUGGACUCGACCGUCGUAACGCGCGAAGGCAUCGACAAGCUGCUGAACAUGCUGCCGACGGACGAGGAACGGUGCAAGAUACAGGAGGCGCAGAUGCUUAACCCGGAGUUGCCGCUCGGUACGGCCGAACAGUUUCUGUUGACACUGUCCUCCAUUUCGGAGCUGGGCGCCCGGUUGAAGCUGUGGGCGUUCAAGCUGGACUUCGAGAACAUUGAGAAGGAGAUAGCGGAACCGUUGAACGAUCUGAAGCAGGGUAUUGAGCUGCUAAAGUCCAAUCUUACCUUCAAGUGCAUCCUGUCCACAUUGCUGAACAUCGGUAUCUUCCUGAACGGUGCACCGGUGAAAGGGUUCCAGAUCGAUUAUCUGGCGAAGGUGCCGGAGGUGAAGGAUACCGUGCAUAAGCACUCGCUGCUGCACCAUCUCUGCCACAUGGUGAUGGAAUCGCAGGCAAAUACUACGGAUCUGUACUCCGAGAUUGGACCGAUAACGCGCGCCUCCAAGGCGGACUUUAACGAGCUGGCCCACAAUGUCGUGUAUCUCGAGACGGAGUGUAAAGCGUCGUGGGAUAGGUUGAAGUUGAUCGGUAAACAUGAUACGGCACCGCAUCUGAAGCAGAAGCUGAUCGAUUUUUUGGCCGACUGUGCGGAACGGAUUAUUAUACUGGAUAUUGUCCAUCGGCGGGUAUUGAACAGGUAUCGGAAGUUCCUACUGUGGCUUGGUGUACCUCAGUCACGUAUCGCUGAAUCGCGCCCGAAUGAGUUCUGCCGGAUUGUGUCGGAGUUUGCGCUCGAGUAUCGUACGACGCGCGAACGUGUCCAGCAGCAGAUCGAGAAGAAGGCUAACCAUCGAGAGAGAAACAAGACUAGAGGCAAGCUGAUUGUGGAUGUUGCCAAAUUUAAAACACAAGAAGAUCGAGCCGAUGAUGAGUUGCGUACCUUGCUUGGAACACCAACGAAGGGUCCUGGUGGUGACGAGGUCGAAAUGAGCGGUACCUUAACAUGGCGCCGGCGUCGUGGUGAUGCGACGGCUUCACCAGUAACGCUCAUGAACUCGCACCCAACCGUACCGAGUCCGGCGCACAACACCGGCUCAGUGAUGGGUGGCCGGGACGAAAGCUUCACCGAUGGAGAUGACGAGAUAUUGGAGUCGCUGGUAAAAACAGCUACCAAAACGGCCACUCCACGACCGAUGCAAAGGGAGCGGAAACGAACACGCCAGGCAGAUCGGAAAUCAUUUAAAAGAUCUAGAACGCGCGAAGGAUUCACAAUGGAACGAACCGGAAGCUCACCUCCUCUUUAAACGAGUGCGCAGCAUCUUUCCUUUCUUUUUCUUCCCAAAAACCCUUUUUUCCCCCCGUCUCGUUAGGACCGUUUGACCCGUAUUUAUCCGUUCCCAUACCGUCCCAUCUCGAGCUGUCGAUCACACCGUAUACCGUUGUGCCUUCGAUUAGGUGCACCCACCGACCUUCCGAACUGGAGACCGUUUCCAAUGUCCAAUGUCGUUUUCCAUUCGUAUCGGUUCGCAAUUAUACAUACCGUACGACGCACGUUAAAGAACGGAUUAUCGGAGGAGGAAAAGCAACAUGUGGCCUCGUUAAUAAAAGGAUAUUGAAUUCGGGCCGCAUCAUCACACCCGCACGGGAACGCUUGAAGGAAGACAACGAACGAAAGACCGAAGGACAUUUGCCCUCUCGGAGGGUUAUAUCCGUGUGCGUGUGUCUGUGUAUGUGUGUAUGUGUGUAGCCUAGUCGGUAAGAUAAAAAAGGCGACAAGCAAUCCGAGUUUUUUAGAUAGAGCGUACCAGUGAGAAAAGCGCCACCCGCGAGCAAAUGAUGUUCCAAGCUCGAUACGCCUCAUUCAACAUUCUGUUCCGCAUGAAAUAAUUCCGAUCGAUGGGAUCAGUGCGAAGUUUGCUCACUGCUUCACGAGCGUGAAACAGAUCACUUUACAUCACACUACCAAAACGGAAAUUGCGCUAGGCUAGGGCCAAAUAAGUGAGAUUCCACCAUUGCAUACUUUCUAGGCGCAAAAAGGAAACGACCCGAUCAAAGAUAGAGAAUAGAAAAUGGUGGCACUGCAUUACAGUGAAGGCGUCUGUAAUGCGCGAAUGUGUUGAUCGUAUUAAAAAGCAACUAUUAAACAACAUAAAAAACCGACUGUUCGACUACAUCGCGCCAAUGUGAUACGAGGUGGAUAAAGGAUAAGUUUUAGCGAACAAAGAAAAGACUCAAUUCUUAUAAAAAAUCAAAGAUUAAUGGAAGAAAACGCCUUGCGUCGAAAAGAAGGACCAGCAGAACAGUAAAUGGCAGUAAAUCGUUGCAUUGUACAGCAGAACGAAAAGCAUAACAAAACAGAUACUGAACAAUUAACAUUCAAUGGAGAAAAAAACCCAAAAGGAUCGACUACCUGGAGAGUAAAUGUGCUGGAAGUUUAUACACACACAAUAGUCCAUUUUUACUUGAAAAUACAACGUCUGCAUUAAUGAACGACACAUAUAAAAAAUAUUAAUAAAUUAUAAACCAUA